AUGCAUCCAAGACUUGAACAAUGUUGGGAGUUGAAGACCGCGGGAAAGAAUAUGCGUGAUCUCGAAGCCGAGUAUCGCGCGGCUCAAGUACCUUCCGGGUUCUCCAAAACGGAGCCUAAACAUGGAGACCAGAAGACCUCCUACCACCCAGCAUCGAGCUCUCCCCGAAAGGCAAAACCGCCAACUGAUCCCGAAGCACUCAGGCUCGCGAUAGAAGCAAACAGAGCAGCUGAGGCUGCGAUCCGCAACGCCCCGAGGCGGUUUGACCAGGAUCCGAGAUAUCCCACCAAUCCCCCUUUCCGGAUGGUCGCCAAUCCUCGGCUGGGCCGCCCACCAAACGGGCAACAAGACUCAAUCGCUCCUGGUAACCAUCCGCCGACGGGGCCGCGUAACUACCGACCGGGGAGGUGGCAGUCGAAGCAUCAACAAUACAAUCACCACCAGCCAAACCAGCACCAGUUGAAACACCAGCAAUCAAAACCCCAGCACCCAAUACAGCAACGACCAAGACGACAGAUGCCGAAACGGGGCCAGGCCACCAACCAGACGUCGCGCAAGCAGCAACCGGGGAACCACCAGUCCAAAAAUAACCAGCCAGCAACCCGCCAAAGCCACCAUCAGCAAGGCCAUUCAUCGACCAGCCAUCUGUCAGAUAGCCACCCCGCGGCACAAGGCCCCAAUACCCAGGGCCGCAAUAAAAACAAGAACCGGCCCUCAGAGAGCCACACCACAUCAUCACCUCGGCAGCCCCCUCCCGAAAAAAAUCCGAACAAGCAGAGGCUCGGAGAGAGGAGACGCAGAGCCCAGACCCCGGCGGACCAGAAGUUGUCGGACCGAGACGAAGGCGGGCAGCCGGAUCCGAACGUCAGGCAUCCGCCGCAACUGAAAGAGGAGGAGUCCGAUUCUGAGCGGCUGCCGUACCUGCCGGCGCGGUUCCAGCCCAUCACCACCCGGGUCAGCCCAGAGACGCCUGCUGAGAUUCGCACCGCAGAGACGCCUCGCCAGCGCGAGGACCUCCCGACCUCGACUUCCUUUGAAGAUGGGCAAUUUCCGCGCUCGCCCUCUCUCAAAAGCUAUGCACUCGCAAUCUCGACUCCCGCCGGACAAUCCAGCCCGGCUGACCAUACCCCGCAGACUCCUACGUCCGCUCCCCAACUCGAAGUGGACAAAAUGCACGCGGCCCAGGCACCCGAAGAGACAAGCGCACUAGCGCGAGCGGUAGCGCUGGAGGUGACAGACAAACUCGAGGCCAUGCAGCUCAGUAUGGCCGAGCAGCUCCGAAAACACAACGAGCGGCAAAAGAAGCGGGUGAUCAAGCUCAAGAAGCAAACCAAGGUGCUCGCGGGGAAGGUAAAGAAGCAAACCAAGAUGCUGGAGCAGCAGCAGGCCUGGGUGGAGGCGCGGGGGCGAGCGGCGAGGAGGAUGGAGGAGAGACCGCAGCCGAGCCGGGCGACGGAGGAGUGGGAGUACAUCCACGCGCCGAUCGUUGGGCACAGCGACGACUCGACUGAUGAGACCUACGUCCUGUCCAGGGCCAGCAUCCUCCGCGAGAAGGAGGACGAAGAAGAGGACGAAGAAGACGAUGACGACGAUGAUGAUGACGGCAUCGAGGCUGACGUCGAGGACGUGCUUCCGUCCAUUGAGGCCCAGUCCGUUGAGCCGUCGACUCCCCGCCGAUGGAAGCGGGCGCGUGAGGCGGCGCAGCAGGGUCCCAGCCCGAGCCCGUCCAUUGAGGCCCGGUCCGUUGAGCCGUCGACUCCCCGCCGAUGGAAGCGGGCGCGUGAGGCGGCGCAGCAGGGUCCCAGCCCGAGCCCGGCCAAGAGGCGGCGUUUUGGCAAGGGGGAGAACCAGGAGACGCCUGUGGUGAACCUGGUGAACCAGGAGACGCCUGUGGUGAACCCUUAUCUGGGACGCAUCGCCCGCGAACAAGCUCGAUCUCGGGCUUUCAUGGCAGUAGCAGGGCUGUCGCGAGUGGGAACAUGUCGCUGUUUUGAUUUCGACGGGUAG